CGCCGGGGUACAUCCCCCUGGUCCGGCAGCUGAAGGACAUGACGCUCCGGAACCACAGUCCUCCGCGUUGGGGUGAGAGCGACCUCCUGGUGACCGUCGGGUGUCAGGACGGGCUGGCGAAGGCGCUGGAGAUGCUGCUCGACGUCGGGGACUGCGUGGUGGUGCAGGAGCCGUGUUAUUCGGAUGUUCUGUGCAUUCUCGCUCCUCUGACGCCGAAGUUCGUCGUUGUCGCCGCGGACGAGAAGGGAAUGUGUCCGUCGGCGCUGAGGAAGGGACUCGAACAGGCCGCGCAGGAUGGGGGACCCGCGCCCAAGGUCAUGUACUUGGUGCCUAACGCAUGCAACCCCACGGGAACCACCAUGGACGAGGCGAGGAGGAGGGAGAUCUACAGCCUCGCCUCCGAGUACGACCUCAUCAUCCUCGAGGACGACCCUUACUACUUCUUGCAGUAUGACGACCAGGAACCACUGCCCCCGAGUUUCCUGCGGCUGGACACGGACGGGCGUGUCCUGAGGUUCGACUCCUUCUCCAAGAUCUUCAGCGCUGGCUUGAGGGUCGGGUUCGUGACAGGGCCGGCGCCACUGCUCGAGAGGAUGACCUGGCACAUGCAGGCUAGUGUGCUGUGUCCGCCAGGUAUCACUCAGAUAAUGGUGAGUGAACUGCUGCGGAGAUGGGGCGACGACGGGUUCAAAAAGCACAUAGCCAAGCUGAGGGAAUUUUACCGAGCUCAAAGAGACACCAUUUUGAAGGCAGCGGAAAAGCAUCUCACAGGGUUGUGUGAGUGGACGGUGCCGAAGGGAGGCAUUUUUAUAUGGUUUAAGGUGCCCGGCCUCCGCGACACGACGCCCAUGCUGCUGGAGAGGGCGGUCACGAGGGACGUGGUGCUCGUGCCGGGGAGAGACUUCAUGGUCGAGGAGAAGAAGCCCUGUCAGUACAUGCGGGCGGCUUACUCGUGCGCCACGCCGGAGCAGAUGAUGGAGGGGAUGAAGAACUUGGCUCAACUAGUACGAGAGGAAUUAGCACUUCGGAAGGACUCUACUUGAACACGAGGAAUAUUAUUUCUAUUUCCAUUCCGAUGUUGUAUUUCUAAUAAAUAUCGAAUACAAAAAAA